UGCAGGUAUAUUGGGCGCCCGGUGGGUCAGGUAAGUGCCCAGUGUGUGGAAAUUACCGGGUGUCUACCAACGCUUCGUCCUCUGGUAUCUCCGUGAAUGUUAUUUAACCCCAUCGGCUCCUCGAUAUAGACAGAUCAAUUUACGGUGUCUUUACACAUAUUUUAAAAGUUGACAUCCUCGGAAAAAGCUGUCACAAUGGGAGUGGCCCUAACAAGAGCGGCUCAGUGGACAAGUGCCGGUUCUGGAGCCGGUAAGCUAGAAAUCACACCUCUGAAUGAAUCUCUCCUCAACGACAUCAUAAAGUAUGUGGGAGCUUUCAGCUCCAGGCAUCCAGAAGAGGCAGAAUUUGUCUUCGCAGAACCUCUGGAAUGGAAAACCAAUUUGGAUCACUCGGCUUUUGAAUCUGGUUAUGAUAUUAGUGGCACAAUUGUGAAGUCUGAUGAUACUGACAAAAACGGCAAUCCGCUGCUCCUACUCUCCUCAUCUACAGUGAAAAUAUCUAGCUUUAAACAGCUGUCCAAUUUCCUGCAGCUCGCAAAGGACAAAAAAUUAAAAGAAACACAGGCUUGCUUAGAAGCUAACAGAGAUCCUAUAGCACGUAUUCUCGGACCCGGCUUUGCUACUAUUGAAGGAGAAGAUAUGACUAUGCUACGGCUGUUGGAUAAAAUGCGCCAAAAUGAUGAUGAUGGCAAUACCGAAAUUAAAAUGAAAAUAUUUCUCCUGCUUCAGCAAUUCGAUAUGCAGCUGCUUAACAGCUCUUUAAAACACAUUUCACAAGAAGUGCGCGUAACGCCUACUGCAGUUAAAAACGAAGUUGAUCUGAUAAGACGUUUUUGCAACAAUAAAGAAAAAUCAGUGCUGAAAUCAAUCGAAUACGCAACAGAUUACGAGUUCACAAAUGGCUGCAGCGCUCCUCCUUGGAGACAAGUUCAUGGUGAGAUUUGCUACUUGAUGGUUACCCCUCAUGACACAGAUCCCUUCUGCGUCACAUGCAGCACGGCAGGUGCCUUUUUAAACGGGGGUAAAAUGAAGGAUAAAGAUGAAAUUGACUAUGACAGAAAAAGUGUAAUAUAUAAAGAUCUCAUAACGCUUUUGAAGGAGAAGUCUCGGCAAUUUGCAGAAAACAUUGGUCAACAGGAUUUUACAUUAUUUGAAGAUCCACCAGUAGCUCCAAAGACUCAGCAUGUGGAUGUAGUUGAUGUCGGUGAGAGAAGCCAAAACCAUUGGUCUAAUGAGAAUCCAGAAAAGAAAGCACAUGAAAAGACAAGGCAUUCCCUUGUAAAAAGCAAGACUAACAAGCACAAAUUAGAACCAUCUCUCAAAUGGAAGAAUCUUAAUCUUAAUGGUCACCAAGAAAUCAAGGAAGCAAAAGAGGAAAGGUCUGUCAGAAAAGAGCUGAGCAAAGAUCAAAAAGUUAAACCCACCAGUGCAGAAAGUAAGAACCGGCCUUACGUCCAUACAUCCGCUUUGAGAAGACAUUCAGCUAUGAAAAGUAAAACACCUGGAACAAAAUCAGAUGAAUUUAGCGAAAGUUCUACAGAAAGCGAGGAAGAUGAGGAACAGCCAGAGAGGCGCCAGGAGAGCAACACCGACCUGCCUUCGGAAUACUGGCAAAUUCAGAAACUAGUAAAAUAUCUAAAGGGUGGAAACCAGACAGCCACCGUUAUCGCACUGUGUGCAAUGAGGGAUUUUAACCUCGCACAAGAAACCUGCCAGCUGGCCAUAAGAGACGUUGGGGGACUUGAAGUUUUAAUUAACCUUCUGAAUACAGAAGAGAUCAAGUGUAAGAUCGGCUCAUUAAAGAUCUUAAAGGAGAUAAGUCACAAUUCACAAAUCAGAAGUUCUAUCGCUGACUUUGGUGGUCUACAAACCAUGGUCAAAAUACUCGAUGCCCAAGACAAGGAUUUAAAAUGCCUGGCUGCAGAGACAAUCGCCAACGUUGCCAAGUUUAGACGAGCGAGACGAACAGUUCGACAGCACGGUGGCAUCAAGAGACUGGUUGGUCUGUUGGACUGUGUUCCGAUGAGAUCAUCCAGCCUCACCCCAGAGCUGGAGAAAGACAUUGAAGUGGCACGAUGCGGAGCUUUGGCUCUCUGGAGCUGUUCUAAAAGCACACGGAAUAAAGAAGAAAUACGCAAAGCUGGUGGCAUACCGCUACUGGCACGCCUGCUCAAAUCACCCCACUCCAACAUGCUAAUACCAGUGGUUGGCACUCUCCAAGAAUGUGCUUCAGAACCAAGUUACAGACUUGCCAUAAAAACAGAAAAGAUGAUCGAGGAUCUCGUUAAAAACCUUAGUAGUGAAAAUCAGGAGCUGCAAAUGCACUGCGCCAGCGCAAUUUUUAAGUGUGCGGAGGAUGAAGAAACACGGGAUCUAGUGAGACAACAUGGGGGCCUCCAGCCGCUCGCCAUGCUUCUCAGCCAGUUCGACAAUAAGGAGCUAUUAGCGGCGGUGACCGGAGCCAUCUGGAAAUGUUCCAUCAGCCGGGAUAAUGUGACAAAGUUUCAAGAAUAUAAGGUUAUAGAGACUUUAGUUAGUCUGCUGGCUGACCAGCCUGAGGAAGUCCUCGUCAACGUUGUCGGAGCUCUUGGAGAAUUUGGCCAGGAACCUGGAUAUCGAGCCAUCAUCCGCAAAUGUGGGGGCAUAAAUCCUCUGGUUAAUUUACUGACCGGUACUAACCAGGCGUUACUGGUGAACGUUACAAGAGCUGUAGGAGCAUGCGCAUCAGAGCCAGAGAAUAUGGCGAUAAUUGACCGACUGGAUGGAGUGCGCCUGCUGUGGUCUUUAUUGAAAAACCCGCAUCCAGGUGUUCAAGCAAGUGCAGCGUGGGCCAUCUGCCCCUGCAUCGAGAACGCAAAGGAUGCAGGAGAGAUGGUGCGAUCUUUUGUCGGAGGUCUGGAACUGAUUGUGAACUUACUCAAAUCUGAACACAUAGAGGUGCUAGCAAGUGUUUGUGCUGCUAUAACGAACAUAGCCAAAGAUGAAGAAAAUUUAGCUGUUAUUACAGAUCACGGCGUGGUUCCCAUGUUAUCGGCACUGGCUAACACGACGGAUGAUAAGUUGAGACGCCAUUUAGCUGAGGCUAUUGCACGCUGCUGUAUGUGGGGGAAUAACAGAGUGGCUUUUGGAGAAGCCAAUGCCGUGGCCCCUUUGGUGCGUUACCUGAAAUCCGAUGACCCGUUAGUUCAUCGAGCUACGGCUCAAGCUUUAUACCAGCUUUCUGAAGAUGCCAACAACUGCAUAACGAUGCACGAGAAUGGAGUUGUAAAGCUCUUAAUCGACAUGGUUGGAUCCACCGACGAGGUUCUUCAGGAUGCUGCUGCAGGCUGUAUAUCUAACAUUCGCCGAUUGGCUCUGGCUAAUGAAAAAGCAAGAUAUGGCUAAAAGUUUCAAUAACUAUAAUAUUGUGCCUUCAUUUCCUUAAAAAUAAAAAAAAUUGAAGAAAAGAUGUUUUGUGUAUGUUGCUUGUCACGUCUUUCAAGCGUGUGGCUCCAAAUGUUUUCAUUAGUUCAUGGUCUAAUAAACCUAUACAAA